AUGAUUAUCCCUGUUCGGUGCUUUUCUUGUGGCAAGGUUGUCGGUGAUCUUUGGGAACGUUAUUUACAGCUACUUGAUGAUGGUAUUCCGGAUGGCGAUGCUAUGGAUCAGCUUGGUUGCAAGAGGUACUGUUGCCGCAGAAUGAUCAUGACACACGUCGAUCUCAUUGAAAAGCUUCUUCGCUAUGCUUAUAUUCUCCUAAUAGGUACAAUCCUGCUGAAAGAGAUCGGGCAAAAUCUCAAAUAUGAUGUUUUCUGUCUUCCGGCUGUGGGAUUUAUUGUGCCUACAUACCCCCAAUAUAUCCAAUUCGCUCUCCCUGGCCAACUUGACAGAACGACCGGGUUAUGCCCAUUGUGCAAGACCUUUCCCACAGUGCAGAGCCUUGCUAGUCCCGUUUCUGCAGCAGGCCACGCCUACUUCUGA